AAAGGAUCUAGUAGUCUUUUCAACAUGUAUGAGUAUAAUAUUAAAGAAGAUCCAGCUUCAAAGAUCUCACUAGUUACAGUAAAAGCACGCAAGGAGCCUAGUAAACUUGAAGUUUAUAAUG